AUGUCAAACGAAACAGCAGCAUCUACAACAACACCCGUCAACGAAGCAGAUGAACAUCGUAAAAGAUUAAUUAAAAAAUCAAUUGAAACCUAUCGAUGUUAUGGUGAACAACCAACGUUAGCUGAUAUUGAAUCAUGUCAGAUUGAUGAACAGUCGAAUAGUAAUAUUUUUCUCCAAAUAACACCCUAUUUUGCUACAAUGGAUUUAACUAAAUUAGAAGAUUUAACCUAUACAAAAAGUUAUACAUAUUGGUUGAAUGAAAAAAAAGUAUUAUUUGAAAGUAAUGUGAAUUUUUUGAAAAAUAUUGUACGUCGUUUAUCCUCACCCAAUAAUGAAUAUCUGGCAACUGUUGUUAAAGAAACAAAAAAUGAUCAAGAAAUACAAUAUUUUCAAUUGUGGAAAAAAAAAUCAUCUCCUUCAUUCUUUGAAUGGUCACCCGAUUCAAAAUAUCUCAUAUUUACUGCUGAAGAAAAACGUAAACCCAUUAAAUCAUAUUUUAAUUGUGAUAAAUUGGAUGAUGCUAUUUCUAAUCCUCCAAAUCUCUAUCAAGAAAAUUGGGGAGAACAGAUGGAAUCAUUUGAAUUAAAUUGUGUAUGUCUAUUUGAUGUUGAAAAGAAAGAAGUGAAAUUAAUUGAAAAUUUACCAAAAAAUGUUUAUAUGGGUCAAGCAAUUUGGAAUGAAAAAUGUAUAGAUGAAGUGAUAUUUAUCGGUUAUCCAGUUGAACCAUAUCGCUUAGGAUUAAUUUAUUGUGAAAAUCGAGCAAGUGCUUUUUUUCAUUGUAAUUGGAAACAAAAUGAAUGUAAACAAUUGAAUGAGUUUGAUCAAUUAUGUCGACUACAUCCACGUUCUAUACCAAAUCAAGAAAAUAAAUUAAUUUAUUUACAAUGUGAUAUUUAUAAAGGUCAUAGACAAUGUCAACGAUUAGUUUUAUAUGAUUGGAUUAAAAAUGAAGAAAAAAUAUUAGUUGAACGUGUAGAAAAUGUUACCUAUGAAAAUUCCAGUGAGCCAUUUAAAGCCAAAUUUGACGAACAAUUCAAAGGUCUUUAUUUACCACCACCCCGUAAAUGUUUUACGUCCGAUGGUCGUUAUUUAUUUUUACGCACGUAUAAUGGAACACAAGAAGUUGCUUACAUUUAUGAUAUGCAAAAAAACGAAUUACAAUCAUUACCAUCACCAUUAAAUAAUACAUCUGUACGAAUUUUGGGUGUUUAUAAAUCAUAUUGUUUAGCAAGUGUUAUUGAUUUUCAAACAAGUUUUAAAUUCUAUUUGUAUGAUCUAAAUACAAAACAAUGGCAUUUGAUCACAGAAAAUAAAUUAGAUAUUCAACUUAAGUGGUCAAUUGAUCGUUUUUUUCCCGAUAAUGAAAAAUUGCCAGUCGAAAGUAUCUAUUUACAAGCAAAAUCGACAUCGGCUGGUAUAAAACCAUUAUUUGUCGUGAUUCAUGGUGGUCCAAAUGCAAGUGUACAAGUUGAUUAUUACAUUGGAGCAAUAACUUACAUAGCCAUGGGUUUUGAUGUACUUUACAUUAAUUUCAGAGGUUCAACAGGAUUUGGCCAAGGCAAACGUUGUGUAUCAUUAGCACCUGAUCAAAAGCGUCCGGUUAUUAUAUGUGGUGGUUCGCAUGGUGGCUAUCUUGCAUCAUCUCUAAUCGGAAAGUAUCCGGCAGAUUAUGAUUUAGCAGUGAUGCGUAAUCCAGUAACCGAUUUAGUAGCUCAAUAUACUGUAACCGAUAUACCUGAUUGGGUCCUCUCACAGACAUCUAACGACCAAUUUGAUUUUAUUAAUGGUCGAAAUCGUUAUGAUGUAGUGAAAGGUUCUAUGAUUCAACAAUCACCUGUUCAUUUCAUUGAUAAUGUGAAAACACCGGUGCUGUUACAAUUAGGCAAAAAAGAUCGUCGUGUACCAAUAAAUCUUGGUCUUAGAUAUUAUGAAAAUUUAAAAGCAAGAAACGUUCCUGUUAAACUUUUUACCUAUGAUAGUAAUCAUGCAUUAGCCGAAGUCAUUGUGGCAUCGGAUUGCUUUGUUAAUACAAUUUUAUUUAUUGAUGAAUAUUUUCCACAAUCAAAUAAUUUAUUAUUAUUUGUUUGUUCGCUUAAAUUAACGAAUCGUAGAAUUAUGACGGAUGGCGAAGCAGUGAAUCAAGAACAACGUGUCAACGAUGAAGAAGAAAUAUAUCGUGAUGAACCAAUUGAUGAGGAUCAAUAUUUGCGACGUAUGCCUCAUCUAUUACUUCUAAAUGAUGAUUUAGAAAGAACGACAUCUUUCUCUCUUAAUUUGAUAGGAAUGCAAAAUAUUUAUUCAAAAUUUCAAGAUGAUAAUGGCAAUAUUAGUGUUGAUAAUCUAUUAAAAGUUCUACAAGCACUCGGAAAAAAUGAUUUAUCAUUUGAAGAUGUACUGAUGGUAUGUCAAGAAUCAUGGGUCAGUGUAAAUAAUCGUGAUGCACUUUUAGCAGCAUUUAAAAUAUUUGAUAAAGAAAAAAAUGGUUAUAUUGAUUCAGAUGAAUUUCGAAAAUUAAUGACAACACUAGGUGAACCGUUGUCAGAUGAAGAAAUUGAUGAUUUAAUUAAAUUACCGAAUAUAUUAAAUAAUGAUGGAGAAAUUAAUAUUAAUGAACUUGCUGAUAAAUUACUUAAUGAUAUAUUUGCUGAUGAUAUAGAUCAUAAUAGUACACUUAAUAAUGAUGACCAUAUCAAAGAAAUUGAAGAAGUCAACGAUCAGAAUAAAGAAAAUAUUUGA